UUUCUUUCAAAGUUGACUAAAAAUCCCAUAUGCAUUCCAUAUGCAAAAUCCCAUACAAUAAAAUAAGACCAAUAAAUGUGUCAUCAAAUCAAGCCGGUGAAAGUUUUCAUGCAUUUUUAACAGAGUGAAAGUGUCAAAAAAUCAAAUCAUGAAAUGGGGAUGAUGUCAUCAUGGUGAUUGAAGAUAAACCAUAAACCACUGCCAGUAGGAAAAAGAUGCAGAUAAUAAGGGAUGGGAGAAGUUGGUAAAUUUUUGUGACGCUUUUUUGUACCACCAGCAUUAUGUCGACUUAUCCUCCACCACACCCACGCCCCAGACCCGCAAGGAGUGGCGACCCUGCCGUUAUCUAUGCAGCUCAACCACAAUACAGGGUCGUUGAGAUGAUGCCUCCAGGACCAAUGAUGAUUUGCCCAUUCUGCGGCUACACGGUCUCUCCCGUUAUUACACACGAGCCAAGUUUGUUUGCCUGGAUGAUGUGCAUCCUAGUGUCAAUUUUGUUCAUGCCAUUCUUCUUCAUCGGCUUUCUCAUUGGAUAUUUCAUCCUGGUCGCAGAUAGUUUGCAAGAGCCAAAGUACGUCUGCCCCCUCUGCGGAAACUUUCUUCCAGUCAAUACCAUCCUGAUUUAAGAAAUACCAUAAUCAAAACAACCAUGUAAAAAUUAUUACUAAUCAAUUUUGUGAUGCAAUAGUGAGAGUGACGAAUAAGUAUUAAACAUGAAUUAGUGCGUAUGUACAUACACAUUUCAAGAUGCUAUUGAAAUCUAUUUAUUAUUCACUAGUUUAAUCACUGCUAUACGUUGAUUAUGAUCUAAUAUCUACCUUGAUACAUAAAAUGAUUGAACGAUAAAGGGAGAUUUUUUUGGUUUGGAUAUAUAACGAAACAAG